GACACUUCAUAUGGCAAGUGGAACCACUGGCUUGGUGGAUUUUGCUAGAUUUUUCUGAUUUUUAAGCUCCUGGAAAAUAUCCCAGAUAACUGUCAUGAAGCUGGUCACUAUCUUCCUGCUGGUGACCAUCAGCCUUUGUAGUUACUCUGCUACUGCCUUCCUCUUCAACAAAGUGCCCCUUCCUGAUGACAAGUUGGUACCUUUACCUCUGGACAACGUACCUCACCUUAUGGAUCCAUUAAAGCUUCUUCUGAAAACUCUGGGCAUUUCUGUUGAGCACCUUGUGGAGGGACUAAAGAAGUGUGUGAAUGAGCUGGGACCAGAGGCUUCUGAAGCUGUGAAGAAACUGCUGGAGGCGCUAUCACACUUGGUGUGAUGUCAAGAUAAAGAAAGAGCAGAGGUGGAUGGGGAUGGAGGAUGAUGCUCUUAUCUUCCCUGACUGAAAUGCAUUCUACCAAUUACAGACUAAAUGCCCUAAAAUGUAGUGACCCGUGAAAAGGACAAAUAAAGCAAUGAAUA